AUAUGAGUCAAUUAGAACCAUUUGAACACCAUUAUAAUCAUUAGUAUUUUGAAGUAUUUGGAUGUUGUCAUUAAAAUCGACAGUAUUAUUCUGAUAAAGACAUCUGUAGGGAAUGUGGCAUUUUUUUAAAUAAUGUAAUUAAUCCACAACAUUUAUCAUAGCCAAAUACUAGAGUGUAUAAAACAUUAAACAUGAAAUUUAAUGCUUUUUUUAAUCCAAUCAAAGUGCUAGAAAGUAUUUUACUUGAAGGUGUGCCAAAAGGACCUGCAAAAUAACGUUAACAGAUGAUUGAAUUUAUUUUACAGGCUUCUGAUAGGUUAAAUUUAUCAUUAAAUACUUCUUUUUUGGCAAUAAAUUAUAUAGAUGAAUAUUUAAGUAAAGUAACAUUGAAUGAAAAUUAAAUUUAUUUAUUUGUAGCAAGUGCUUUAAUGCUGGCAGCUAAGGCACAAGAACUUGAUGAACGUGUACCUUUUAUUAGUAAAUUAAAAAGAUAUGCAUCAAUGACAAAUCAUCCUGAAAUAAAUCAAUAUUCAAUUUAAGAAUAUAAAUAUGCAGAGAGAUGCUUGAUUUAGAAGAUGGAAUGGAAAUUAUAGAGAGUUACUUUAUUAGAUAGAAUAGAAGCUAUAUUAUCAUUUGGAGUGAUAGAUGAUGAUGAUAGUUUAGGAUAGCAAUAGUAAAAAGAGAAUAAAGAAGGUUAACAUUAAUAACAUGUAAAACUUAGAGAUCUUUAAGAGAGUCAAAUAUUAUAUUAUGUGAAAGAAGUUGAAAGUAAAUAUGCAGAUAUAGCAUUGUAAAUAAUAAGAGGUAUAAUAUUGAAAAUAAAAAGUAGACGAUUAAUUAUAUUUUGGAACUGAUCAAAAAAUCUUAGCUUUAUCUUGUGUAGCUUAUUUAAGAAAGAAAGCAGGAUUAUUAAACAUAUGGUCAUAGUAAUUACAAUGUUUAACUGGAAUAAGUGCUUAAAAGAUUUCAUCAUCAGUUUCAUAGAUUAUGACUCUGAUAGCUAAAAGUAAGAGUUUUAAAACAAUUACAAAUUUGUAAGUAAACCCUUAAGAAAUGUAUUUUUAACCUGUAAUGAUUAACAAUACUUUGACAACUAUCAAUACAAAUCAUUUAAAUAAUAGACCAUUUUAAAUAGACACAAAGAGAUAAUCUUAUGGUGAAUUAAUGAUUCAAAGUAAUAAAUUAAAAAUGCCAUUAUAUCAGUCAUAAUCUACUGUAUAAUUGGCUGAAUUGUAGAAAUAGAAUCAAUAUUAUAAACAAACUAAUUUUACUACAGCAACUAAUUAUUCAUAUCUUCAUGAUAACCCAACUCAAUAUACUCAUUCAUUAUAAUAGACACAAGAACUUGAUAAAAAGUAUGAGUAAGUACAUAAAGUUAGUACUAAUAUGUUCAAACCUUUAUAAUGA